AUGAGUGAAGGCGCGGCCGCUGCCUCGCCACCGGGAGCCGCUUCGGCAGCCGCCGCCUCGGCCGAGGAGGGCACCGCGGCGGCUGCGGCGGCGGCGGCGGCGGCGGGCGGGGGCCCGGACGGCGGCGGCGAAGGGGCGGCCGAGCCCCCCCGGGAGUUACGCUGUAGCGACUGCUUCGUGUGGAACCGGCAGCAGACGUGGCUGUGCGUGGUGCCUCUGUUCAUCGGCUUUAUCGGCCUAGGGCUCAGCCUGAUGCUCCUCAAAUGGAUCGUGGUGGGCUCCGUCAAGGAAUACGUGCCCACCGACCUGGUGGACUCCAAGGGGAUGGGCCAGGACCCCUUCUUCCUCUCCAAGCCCAGCUCCUUCCCCAAGGCCAUGGAGACCACCACCGCGACCACUUCCACCACGUCCCCCGCUACCCCCGCCGCCGGCGGCGCCGCCUCUUCCAGGACGCCCAACCGGAUUAGCACCCGCCUGACCACCAUCACGCGGGCGCCCACUCGCUUCCCUGGGCACCGGGUGCCCAUUCGUGCCAGCCCGCGCUCCACCACGGCACGGAACACUGCGGCCCCCUCGACGGUCCUGUCCGCCACGGCCCCUUUCUUCGGUAGCAGCACGCCAGGCUCCCGACCCCCGGUGCCAGGAAGCCCCAGUACCCAGGCAAUGCCCUCCUGGCCCACUGCGGCAUUCGCUACCUCCUCCUACCUUCACGACUCCACUCCCUCCUGGACCCUGUCUCCCUUUCAGGAUGCUGUGGCCGCCUCCUCCUCCCCCGCCACCACCACCUCGUCUUCCUCCUCUACCACCACCACGCCAGAGACUAGCACCAGCCCCAAAUUUCACACGACCACAUAUGCCACUGAGCGGUCCGAGCACUUCAAGCCCUGCCGAGACAAGGACCUGGCCUACUGUCUCAAUGACGGCGAGUGCUUCGUGAUCGAAACCCUGACUGGAUCCCACAAACACUGUCGGUGCAAAGAAGGCUAUCAAGGAGUCCGUUGUGAUCAAUUUCUGCCGAAAACUGACUCCAUCUUAUCGGAUCCAACAGACCACUUGGGAAUUGAAUUCAUGGAGAGUGAAGAAGUUUAUCAAAGGCAGGUGCUGUCAAUUUCAUGUAUCAUCUUUGGGAUUGUCAUCGUGGGCAUGUUCUGUGCAGCAUUCUACUUCAAAAGCAAAAAACAAGCUAAACAACUUCAAGAGCAGCUGAAAGAGCCGCAGAAUGGUAAAAACUAUAGUCUCAAAGCAUCCAGCACAAUGGCAAAGUCAGAGCACUUGGUGAGGAAUCAUGUCCAGCUGCAGAAUUACUCAAAGGCGGAAAGGCAUCCUGUGACUGCACUGGAGAAAAUGAUGGAGUCAAGCUUUGCUGGCCCCCAGUCAUUCCCAGAGGUCCCUUCUCCUGACAGAGGAAGCCAAUCUGUCAAACACCACAGCCGAAGUCUCUCCUCCUGCUGCAGUCCAGGACAGAGGAGUGGUGUGCUCCACCGGAACGCCUUCAGGAGGACACCCCCCUCACCCCGAAGUAGGCUGGGCGGGAUUGUGGGGCCAGCGUAUCAGCAACUUGAGGAAUCAAGGAUCCCCGACCAGGAUACAAUACCUUGCCAAGGGAUAGAGGUCAGGAAGACUAUAUCCCACCUGCCUAUACAGCUGUGGUGUGUUGAAAGAUCCCUGGACUUAAAGUAUUCAUCCACCGGUUUAAAAACCCAACAGAAUGCAUCCGUACAUAUGCAACUGCCUUCGAGAGAGACAAACUCCUAUUUUAAUAGCUUGGAUCAGAAGGACCUGAUGGGAUAUUCAUCCCCAAGGGCCAGUUCUGUGCCCAUCAUCCCUUCAGUGGGGCUAGAGGAAACCUGCAUGCAAAUGCCAGGGAUUUCUGAAGUCAAAAGCAUCAAAUGGUGCAAAAACUCCUACUCUGCUGAUAUUGUCAAUGUGAGUAUUCCAGUCAGCGAUUGUCUUUUAGCAGAACAACAAGAAGUGAAAAUAUUGCUAGACACUGUCCAGGAGCAGAUCCGAAUUCUGACGGACGCCAGGAGGUCAGAAGACUACGAACUGGCCAGUGUAGACGCUGAGGACAGCGCGAGUGAAAACACCGCCUUUCUCCCCCUGAGUCCCAUGGCCAAAUCGGAACGAGAGGCACAGUUUAUCUUAAGAAAUGAAAUACAAAGAGACUCUGCAUUGACCAAGUGACUUGAGACGUAGGAAUCUGUGCAUUCUAUGCUUUGCUCAACAGGAAAGAGAGGAAAUUAAAUACAAAUUAUUUAUAUG